AUGUCUCAAACAUUGGCAGGACUGUCGAAAUUGUACUCGCAAUCGAAUAGACACAGCUUUUAUGGUUGGCCUCUAGGAAAUAACCAGAGCACGGGCCCUGCUUCGACUGUCACGAGUGCCUCAAAGCGGUCGUCGACAAUGCCAGUUGACACUUCAUCUUCGACAACCGUAUCUAUGCCUCCUGCCACAGCGGUUCCAUCUACGACGAGCAGGCCACGUCAUCGGUACUCGACAUUUGUGCCUUACAAUGCUGCUAAUUACACACACGCGAAGAGUAGCACGGAUGCCAAGAAAAUGCGCUUGCAGCUGCCAUCUAAUAACAUUCUUUUUGAAAUUGAGUACCAGCAAGAGAAUUUGGAAUAUAUGCACGUCAUGGAGAAACAAACGAUGGCAAAUGUCGAGCUUAUGAACGUCCAGCCAGAAUUGCACUGGUUCAUGCGACCCUACCUUGUUGAUUUUUUGAUUGAGAUUCAUCAGUCUUUCCGCCUUCGCCCUGAAACCCUAUACCUCACGAUGAAUUUGGUUGAUCGUUAUGUCUCGAAGCGUAUUGUAUACAAACGCCACUAUCAGUUGGUUGGCUGUGCAGCUCUUUUAAUUGCGGCCAAAUUCGAAGAUGCUAAAGAUCGUGUCCCAACGGUUCAAGAACUGAGUCAAAUGUGCUGCAAUGCUUAUGAUCCCAGCGCGUUCACUCAGAUGGAAGGGCAUGUUCUCUCAACACUAGCUUGGCAGUUAGGACACCCGACUGCAGAAGCUUGGCUACGAUACGAAUACUCCUGUGCGCCUCCAUCGAACCCUUCUACACACAAUGUCGCGCGUUUCCUAUUGGAAGUGACCCUGUUUCACGAGAGUUUCUUGACAGUGGUGCCGUCCGCUUUAGCAGCCGGUGCCAUGAUGCUGGCACGCCAUAUUUGCCGCGAUCCGAGACCACAUCCCCAUCAACUUGGAGCAGCAGCCUCUGCUGUCAUGGGUCAGAUUCACAAUCACAUCGUCGAGAACCUGAAUGAUCUGUCCAUGAUUCUCAUUAAAAAGUAUUCCUAUUCGUACUAUACUGAAGCAUCGAGUAUAGUUGUGGAAUGGUUCCGAAAACAUAUUGAGAUGAAGAAAGCUAUGGAAAUGACGACCAGCACUCCGCAUAUGGAACUGUGCUCCAGUGAUGAUGACAUUGAAUCGCAGCAGUCGGUCGAUUCGGCUGCUUCGAUUUUCUCUACCCCGUCUCGCUCUAUAAAUCGAGAUGACGACGAUGACGACAGUAUGCCCCUGACUCCCCUUUCAUUGCACACAGCUCAAGACCCAACAAUUGCUGGUGUAAAGGCUUCCGUCCAUUCGGCGCGUUUACCUCAGAUGAAUGCCUCGUCGACAAAUCGACCAAUUCAUACCACUUCGAAUGAUAAAGGAUCCAGUGCUAACCCGUCCUGGAUGUCAUUGGCGCAAUUACGACCUGUCGCCAAGCACACGAAGUCUGCUGCACGAAUGGAUAUGGAUGCUAUCAUGUCCGAAAAGACGGUCUAG